AUGGUUUCAUUGUACCUUGAUAGCAAGACUACCGAAUCAACUGAGAUGCUACUACAUGGAUCUACACCUGAAAAAACUGCAUUUAUUUGCCCUUGGCUUCUUAUUUUUGGGAAAGAGAAUGUCAAAAGGAUUGUUGAAGAGAGGAUGAAGCUUUUCUUUGACAUUUUAGAAGAAAAGCAAGUGGUUAUCACCUUAGAAUCCAUUAUUCAGGCUUUCAUGGCAAGCAACUCGAUUUCUGAACUUGAAGCAAGCAGGGCAAGCUUUAGUAGGAUAUUAGGACCCAGAAUUGCAGAUGUUAUCUCAACUAAUUCACAGAUUCUGAUUGCAGUGUCUGCAGAAGCCAUCAUAAAUAUAUUUAGUAAGAGUGAUUACUGCAACUAUUUUCCAUCCCUUGAAACUGCCAGUGUGGUUGACAAGUUGGUGAAUAUAUUAGAAAAUUGUGAGGAUCCUGUAAUCCAAAUAAACAUUUUAACCAUCCUUGCCAAGCUUGCAGAAUUUGGAAGCCCGGAGACUGUUAAUAAGGUGCUUCAGAGUAUCCCCUUUAACCAGCUUGCUGACUUGCUCUCUCCCAAUGCCCAGGAAUGGCAUGAGAGCAUGUUUACAAUAUUGAUGUCAUUGACCAAAGCUGGAAAGUCAAAAGCUGUUGAGAGAAUGUUUGCUUUUGAGAUUGAGAAGAAUCUUAUCAAACUUAUUGAGAGUGGUUCUGAACUAGUGCAACACCAUGCCGUUGUCACUUUGAAGGCAUUUUAUGAGCUGGCGGGCCCUUCUUCAAAUAGUUCUCUUCGAUCUGCUAAUCUAGACCUCUUGCCAUGGCAAGUGAGACUUCGUCUAGAAAGAUUUGUUAUGCCAGACAGGAACAUUCGCCUUUUACCAACACCACAAACUUUUGAAGACCUCGUUCACAAGGUGCUAGACAAUGACUACAAACAGGUGUUGGAGGCUAUGCAGGAUCUCAUACCAAUAAUUGAAAAAGCUGGGGAUCCAAGUUUCAGAGAAAUGAUUGUACAAAGUCCCCUUAUCAGAAGGUUAUCAGAACUUCUGCAAUCCGGACAUGCAGAACAAAAUUCUGUGAGAUCUGAAUCUGCCUUUUUACUCAUGAAGCUUUCUUACUCUGGUGGAGAACCCUGCAUUAAGAAGUUUCUGGAGUAUGAUGUUAUUCCUGAACUGAUAAAGAUGAUGCAGUGCCACAUUGCAGAGUUGCAGGAUUCAGCCUACACGGCUCUGCAUCAAAUGCUUUUUGGCAAUGGUGGAGUUCUUGUUUUGAAUAAGAUCUUUCAAAUGGGUCUAAUAGAUAAGAUAGCUCAUGCCCUUGAGAGCAAAUCUGUGAAGACUCGAGAGGUCAACGUGCAUUUUGUAUUGGAUAUAGUUGAGCUGGGAAAUAAGGCCCGCUUAGAGCGGAUGUUAUCUUUGCAGGUUGUGGAGAAACUCACAAAAUUAGAAAAAACUGGUGGGGGCUCUGGUGAAAAUGUGGUUGGAUUUCUGAAAGCAAUGGACAAGUGUAAGCAUCUUUCAAUGGCAGAGCGGAAGGUGAUGAAACAACAGGUGGUUAGAAAGGUGAGGACCUCCUUGAAAGGCCACAAAUCUGAAGCUCGGAUUUUAGCAGCUUUAGAUGCUUUCCUCUCUGGAGGGUCAAGAGGUGCAAGUAGUAGUAGCAGUGGUAGAAGAUAG